CUUUCAAAAAUUCAAGUGAAAGUAUCUUUGCAUCGACAUUGUAUGUUCUGAGCACUUAUACUCGAUGCAAUUCUACCUGCAGCAAGUAGGACCUAUUUCCGACCUUCCACCAAUGAUAUUCGCAAAAGUUUUGUGUGCUAUUCCUCUUUGGGAAGGCGUCAAACAGCCGUGCAAUUUCACUGGUUGGUUGCAUUGCAUAGAAAAUGGCAGGUGAAAGCAUACAACAAUAAUGCAGCAGCGAAUCCACAACACCUCCAUACCUCAACCACCUCUCUUGCCCUCUUCCCUCAUCUUCCAAGCCACAACCACAUCCUCUACCAAGAUGUCCGAACCUCUCUCUCCUACGGAAGAUCUCUCCUCUCUAACCGCCCCCGACUGGCCCUCUACCUACACCACCCAAGCUCUGGCUUGGUUCCGCGAGCUCCGUUUAAAAAUAUCAUCCAUAAUCCACCGCCUCACCAAGACCCUCGAAGCAGCACUGCAAGUCUACCAGGAAACCAACUCGCAGGAACACCCACGCUAUAGGGACCUACAAGGCGUCAUCGACGUUUUCCAGGACUGGUUGCAAGAUGAUUUCAUCGGCAAGACGCUAUUGACGAAGGAUUAUCUGACUUCUGUGUGGAUGUUUCUGGGUGCGUGCGUUGAUAUGGGUAUCUGGGAUAUGGCCACACCGAGGGGGGCUUCUGCUGUUGUGCUGGAGGAAAUGAAGGGCUUGAGGAAGGAGGUGCGGGAGAUCGCUUCUGAGGCGCGUAAUGUUGCGAGAAUAGCGCAGGACGUUGCUGUUUUGCUGGAGGAAUACAAAGAGGGACAUGUCGUGGAGGAGAUGUUUCCUGGUUUUGAUUGAUGCUUUGAGGGGGUUAGGGUGGGUUCCUUGUAGCUACGAGAUGAAAUGAGGCAAAUUCAUGGAGCUUUGGCGGUUGUGCUGCUCAUACUAAGAAUACAAGACGAUUGCCGCCAUCAUGGCACUCUGAUGGUACGCUGUUGACGUGCCUUCCUAAUGAAGAUUAGUCCACCUAUCUCAUUGGUUGACUGAACAAAUACAACUGCAUCGAGUUACCAGGUAAGCGCAUACAACGCCGAUGCAAGAAUACUAACACCGACCCCAUUGCACCUUCCGUUUCCACACCACUCCCACUUCCCCAGUUCAUUCCUCUCUUCCCU